AUGGAGAGUGGGGAGAGCGGGGGAGAGUCUUCGAGGGUGGCACAUAGCGAGGCAGCCGGCCAUGUCGGCGGAAGAAAUAAGGGGGAGAGCGGAGGGGGGCAUGCAUCAGGUGAAAAGGAGGGGAUUAAAGGAGAUGGUAACAAGACUCAAAGUCAGCGGAUAUCGUUCAGAGAUAAAGUUGUUGGAGCCUCAGCAAGGAGAGCUUUGGAGGUUGCUGAUUCUCUUGAUGGGGAUAAGAUGGCUACCGUAGUUGGUAAGCAAGGUGAUUCGGAGAUACCAACUGUGACGUUCACUGAGGAAGCAAAAGAGAUAUUGGCAGAGCCCUACAAAAAUGCCAUCGUGAUCAAAGUUCUUGGAAAAAAUUUUAGCUAUACAGCGAUUACACACAGGCUUAAAGGCGUCUGGAGAACCAAAGGAGGGUAUGAGGUACUAGAUGUCGAUUUUGGCUAUUUCUUAGUCAAAUUUGAUCUCUUGGAGGAUAGAGAGAAAGUUCUUCUUGGAGGACCGUGGAUGAUUACUGGAAGCUAUGUUGCGGUUAAACCUUGGAGUUCUUCAUUCAGACCUUGUGAAAACACUUUUGGGUCUACCAUGGUUUGGAUAAGAAUCACAGGUUUAAACAUUAACUGUUAUCAAGAGAGAGCCAUGAAAAUGAUUGCGUCAGCUGUUGGCAAACCGAUCCGCAUUGACUUAGCCACCAAGUCUGCAGAGAGAGAAAAGUAUGCAAGAGCAUGUGUGCAAAUUAACUUGGGACUUCCAGUUAUAAAAAAAAUUCAAGUUGAUGGUCAUAUGUAUGAUAUAGAAUAUGAGCACUUGAAUUUAAUUUGUGAAAAAUGUAGCUGCUUUGGGAAGGAAAGCACGGUGAAGGAAAAAAAUUUGCCGUCACUUUUUCCUGUAGAUAACAACGAGAAAACGGUGGAAGGUAGUCAAAUCCCAGUAAAAAAUCAAAAUUUAUCUUUUGAAUUUGGAAUUAAUGCCAAAUCAAUUCCAAUUAUGGAGAAGCAUGGUGCAGCAGAUCUUGUGCAUGAUAAUUUGCAAGACUCACGUAUGGAAAGGGAUACUCGUGCAAAAGAGGGUGAAUGGGUUACAGUUAGUAGAAAAGGCAAGGAAAAAGUGGGUAAAGGCCACAAUGUGGUGCCAAAAAAAGCCAAUGUAGCAAUAUGCUCCAAUUUGGUGAGUAAGAAAUUUUCUUUUGGGUCUAAUAACAUGCAUGCUGGAUCCUCAUCAAAUGCAAAGGUGGGCCUAAGGAAAAGAAAGAUCAUCCAUCCACGCUUGGCUCUUUGGGAACAACUCAGGUGGCUUUCAAGGAUCAGAGUACUCCCUUUUUUAAAGCAGGGCACAAAAGGCAGCGUCCUAUUUCACUUCAAAACUCACCUACUGAAGCAUUGUCAAUGGAUUCUCGAGUACAAAAAGAGCUUGAUAAAGUUAGUGCAACAACACACUUGGAGACCCAACCUCAACAGAAGAUGGCGAAGAUGGAUUUGCAGUGCGGUUUAUGGCAGCCCUCAAGCCACUAAUAGAGUAGAAUUAUGGAGUCAUCUGCUUGAUAUUGGUUUGUGCAUUCAGGACCCAUGGGUGGUGGUUGGGGAUUUUAAUGAUAUUUUGAGUGUUCAUGAGGUGAAGAGGGGUAAUUUCUAUUCAAAUCGCAGUAGUAUCUUUGCAAGUACUCUAGAUUCUUGUGGUCUUUUUGAUCUAAUAACCUCUGGAAGACGGUUUACUUGGUUCCGUAAAAUUCAAGGAAACAAAGAAAUUGCAAAGAGAUUGGAUAGAGCUUGCUGUACUACAGAAUGGCGCCUUCUUUUUCCAGAAACUUUUGUUGAAGUUCUCAGUCAUUCCCACUCUGAUCAUUGUCCCUUACUUAUCCGAUGUCAAGGAGUUCCUAUCAAGAAAGGAAACCGGCCUUUUAGAUUCCAAGCGGCAUGGGCAACGCAUCCUGAUUACAAGGCCAUUGUUUAG